UAGAUGCAGUCUCUCCGCUCCUCCCCCUCUCCUGCUCAUGUUGUGUCUCCGGUUCCUGAGCUCCCGGAGCGGACCGGACCCCCCUCACCCAGCCCCCCCCAGGGGCCCCCGAGGGACCUCGGGGCUCCCCGCAAACUCCGAUCUCCCGGGGGAGACCCAGGCACCCCGGAGCCAGGAGGACGAUCCCCCCAGACAGCCAGAAGACACCCCGACAUCGCAGACUCCCCCGAGCCCCGCAUCGCAGACAUCUCCAACGGGGAAGACGACAGGAGCCCCCCUUCCUCUACAGACACCCCCACCAGGAACUCUCCAAGCCACCCCCCCGGAUCGGACACACACCCCCCCGGAUCGGACGGAGACCCACCCGGCCGGCGGAUGGAAGAGACAGCGGGGAACGCGGUGAUCAUCAGGAUCGGAAUCCCGGACCUGCAGCAAACGAAGUGCCUCCGGCUCAAUCCUGAUGCUCCAGUCUGGGUGUCCAAGCAGCGCAUCCUGUGCACACUCAACCACAGCCUGAAGGACGUUCUGAAUUAUGGUCUCUUCCAGCCAGCUUUUAAUGGCAGAGCUGGCAAAUUCCUUGACGAGGAACGGCUGCUACGGGAGUACCCACCUUCUCUGGCCACACCUGUACCCUACCUAGAGUUUCGCUAUAAAAGAAGAGUUUAUACACAAACAUUACUGGAUGACAAACAGUUUGCGAAACUUCACACCAAAGGCAAUCUAAAGAAAUUCAUGGAGUAUGUUCAGUGUUUAAAUGUUGAGAAGGUGAGCAGGCUGCUGGAGAGGGGUCUGGAUCCCAACUAUCAAGAUCCAGAUACAGGUGCAGAAUGCCCUCUCACGCUUGCUUCUCAGCUGGAGGGAGGAGCAGAUAUGGUGAAAAUCCUACGAAGUGGAGGUGCACACCUUGACUUUAGGACACGCGAAGGGCUAACGGCUCUGCACAAAGCGGUGCGAUACCGCAACCAUGCCGUACUGAUGACCCUCUUGGACUUAGGUGCUUCUCCAGACUAUAAGGACAGCCGUGGCCUGACACCACUCUAUCACAGCGCAAUGGUGGGAGGAGAUCCAUACUGUUGUGAACUUCUGCUCAGAGACUAUGCCAACCUUGGCUGUGAAGAUGAGAAUGGUUGGCAGGAGAUUCACCAGGCGUGCCGUUAUGGACAUGUUCAACAUCUGGAGCAUCUUCUGUUUUAUGGAGCAGAUAUGAGAGCACAGAAUGCAUCUGGGAACAGCGCUCUGCACCUUUGUGCACUCUACAACCAGGAGAGCUGUGCUCGGGUUCUUCUUUUCCGGGGAGCAAGUAAAGAAAUUCGGAAUUUCAACAACCAAACAGCAUUCCAGGUUGCAAUUAUUGCAGGAAACUUUGAACUUGCUGAAAUCAUCAAAACCCACAAAGAAUCCGACAUUGUGCCUUUUCGGGAAACUCCAACUUACACAAAGCGUAGACGUGUUGUGAGCUGUGUGGGUCUCUCAUCCCCGCGUUUUCUGCAGCGUUCUGCAAGUGAUAACAACCUCAAUUCAGAUGGAGCACAUUACUCUCCAGUGCCCUCGCUUCGCGGUCUACCCACACAGUUGCUCUCCCGGGGACCCGAAGUCUCCGGCGGCGCAGCAGUGGGGGAUAGUAGCCUUGCGAGCACUGCCAGCUCCCGCAGCACACACAGCCGCUCUCCAUCAUUACAUCGCGCAAGAGAAGAGAGGGAUAGCGACAGCCACACACUUCGAAGAGGGCGAGUAAAGAGCAGCCCCGGGCCCCUGGAUAUGAGGAGCACCGGCCCUAGGGGGCCCAAAAGGAAACUGUACAGCGCUGUUCCUGGAAGAACGUUCAUAGCAGUGAAGUCCUACGAACCACAAGGACCUGGGGAGAUCCAACUCAACAGAGGGGAGAGAGUGAAGGUGCUGAGUAUCGGUGAAGGUGGAUUUUGGGAGGGUUCGGUGAAGGGACGGAGUGGUUGGUUUCCAGCAGAUUGUGUGGAAGAAGUGCAGAUGAGGCAGCCAGAUCCAAGACAAGAAACUCGUGAAGAUCGGACAAAGCGUCUAUUCAGGCACUACACGGUUGGCUCAUAUGAUUCUUUCACUUCCCACAGUGAUUAUGUCAUCCAAGAGAAAGUUGCCCGGUUGCAGAAGAGAGAAUUGGAAGGAUUUGGUUUUGUGUUACGUGGAGCAAAAGCAGAGACACCGAUUGAGGAGUUCACACCUACACCAGCUUUCCCUGCUCUGCAGUAUCUGGAGUCUGUGGAUGUGGAUGGUGUGGCAUGGAGAGCAGGCCUUAGGACAGGUGACUUCUUAAUUGAGGUGAAUGGUGUCAAUGUAGUGAAGGUUGGCCAUAAGCAAGUGGUAAAUCUGAUUCGCCAGGGAGGUGGCAUACUGAGUAUGAAAGUUGUGUCUGUGAGUCGUAAACCAGAAAGUGAAGAGGCUAUGCGUAGGAGGGCUCCCCCACCUCCAAAGAGAGCACCCAGCACCACACUCACCCUACGAUCCAAGUCCAUGACAGCUGAGCUGGAGGAAUUGGAACGACUUGAUGAGAUAUUGGUGGCUUCUGAUCCCUCUUUAAGACCAGAGAUUGCCGAGGCUGACUCCAGAGCUGCUACAGUCAAACAGCGACCCACAAGCAGACGCAUCACCCCUGCUGAGAUAAAUUCACUACUAGAAAGACAGGGGAUUUCCCCACAUGCAAUAUCACAGAUCGCCAGUCAAAAGUCUCAUUUUUCCCUUCACCAUGGCAUGUCUCGGACCAAGUCUGUUGGUGAAGAUGAAAAGCUGUCAGAUUCAUUCCUUGAUGGACGUUUUCCACGCAGCACCUCCAUGCAGGAUUCUUUAAGGGAAGGUCCAAUAAUACCACCACCUCCACAAAAAACUGCUCCCCCACCUCCAUCCCCAUAUUACUUUGACACAGGACCACCACCUGCUUUCUCUCCACCGCCACCCCCAGGUAGAGGGUAUGAUACCGUGCAUUCUAGUUUUAAACCAGGUUAUGAAGCCAGACUUCAUGGCCUUCAGCAUGGAAUGGGAUCUGCAGAGCUCUUAAGUAUGGAUCGUGCCCUUCCUACUCCUGAUCGCCAAAAGCGUGCUCGUUCCAUGAUUAUUCUUCAAGAUACGUCUCACCUCCCUGUGGAACCAACAGGUAUUCCGCGGCCUGGCCCAUCACCUACCCCUCCAGAAAAAUUAAAACGUAGAAGCCGGCCUGUGGAUAAUCCUUAUGCUAAUAUGGGUCUGUUUGCACCAAUGAAGCCUCAACGCAAAAAAAGUCCACUUGUGAAACAGCUCCAAGUGGAAGAUGCCCAAGAGCGAGCUGCAUUAGCCAUGGCUGGGGGUUAUUCCCGCGAUCCCUCACCAUCACGACGCAGCCCACGACAAAGCAUGAUGGAUUUAGGAACUGCACACCAUGAUCCACUUGGUAGUCCUUUUGCAACAGCACUUGCAGGAGUAAUGAAGGAUCGUGAGCGACGGCUGGAUGAGAAGCGUAAAUCCACAGUCUUCCUUUCGGUCGGAGCAUUGGAGGGAACACCACCUUCCCAAGAUCUCCCCUCCCUACAACCUUCACGCUCUGUUGAUGAGCGGUUACUGGGGAGUCGUGAUGUUCUCCUACCAUCUCCAGGUUCUUCACUAAAAUCACUAAUGUACAGUAGUCCUCAUUCUACAUUUAUUCACCCCUUAACUGGUAAGCCCCUUGAUCCCAACUCUCCUCUUGCACUUGCGCUGGCCGCAAGGGAACGUGCGCUUUCUGCCCAGGCACCAUCUCCCCCUCCUCCAAGGACACCUACUCCGGUAAGGAGUCCAGAUUCAGACAGAGCUCCUCCACUCUUUCUGGAAAUUCAAACCAAAGAGGGGGAGAUGGGAAUGGAAUUAGAAGGAUCAGCGUCACCCAUAUACAGUCCUUCAGGGGCACCAUUAAAGGGCCAGUGGGGAACCCCCCGAAGAAGGGAUGGGGAAACUCGUGCAGAGAAAAGUCCAGAAAGACCAGAAUUUAAAGCAGAGGAAAGGAAGCCUAUGAUUUUAAGUAUAGUUGACACAUCUCAGCAGAAGACAGCAGGGCUUAUAAUGGUGCAUGCUACCAUCAAUGGAACCGAAGAUAAAGAACAGGAGCCACCAGCUACUACUGACCAGCAAGAAACUACACAGCCCCAAGAUACUGAAGAGAAUGCCCCCUCAAGCUCUUCUUCCGAUAAAACACUUGGGCAGGGAAGCUCAGAGGAGGAAGUUGAACCAUAUGGGGCCAAUUUGCCACCAGCCAUGCUGUCCUCUAGUGAUGAGGAAACUAGAGAGGAAUUAGCAAAAAUUGGACUAUUGCCUCCUCCUGUUGCUUUUGCCAAUGGAGUCCUUGUCACCAAACCUGGCACCACCAUCAGCCAAUUGACUCGGCCUGGUACUUUGGCUGUGCCAUCUGCCAAGCAAGCUAGUAGUGUACCACCCUCAGGGAAGCCUUCUGAUGCCCCACUGCACCAUCCAGAGUCAGCUACUGACUCAGGUGUGGAAGAAGUGGACACCAGGAGCUCGAGUGACCACCAUCUGGAGACCACGAGCACCAUCUCAACUGUGUCCAGCAUGUCCACUCUAUCCUCAGAGAGUGGGGAACCCACUGACACCUACACCUCGUACGCUGACGGUCAAACUUUUAUACUCGAGAAGCCACCAGUGCCUCCAAAGCCCAAACUCAAGUCACAACUGAUGAAGGGCACCGUGACCUUCAGGGACCCCCUGCUCAAGCAGUCCUCAGACAGUGAGCUCAUUGCCCAGCAGCAAUUUGCAGCGGGCCGCCCGCGCUACCUCUUUCAGAGAAGAUCUAAGCUAUGGGGAGAUCCAGUGGAGAGUCGGCCCCUUUCCCAUGGGGGACCUGUUGAAAUAGAGAAGCCGUCUGUAAUUGGAGAGAUCAGUUCCCGACUUCAGCUACUAAACAAGGAUACGCGGUCACUGGGGGAGGAGCCAUCAAUUCCGGGAAUGGACCCCGGCAAGAAAUCUCCAGUGGUGGCGGCUCGGCUCACAGUUACUAAACGGUGCUUGUUCAGCAGUCUUGGAGAGCUGCACACUAUUUCCCAGCGCAGCUAUGGAACUUCCUACACCGUGCGACCAGGGACCAGACACCCACUGACUCGCCGGGCACCUAGCCCUGUGCCACCUUCCUCUGAGAGGGUGGAGCCCCUGGGUGGGGCACGUUCCUACACCCUUACACCUCCUACCAUCCUGAAGUCCUCCAGUCUCUCAAUUCCUCACGAGCCUAAGGAAGUGCGCUUUGUAGUAAGGAGUGUCAGUGCCCGGAGUCGUUCUCCUUCCCCGUCUUCUGGGCAUCCCAUGCACAGUUCUCGUCCAUUCCUGCAGAAGCCCCUUUCCCUUUGGAAUAAAUAUGAUGUUGGUGACUGGCUAGAGAGUUUGAACCUUGCAGAACACCGGCUCAAGUUCCAGGACAAUGAAAUAGAGGGCUCACAUCUACCUGCGCUUACCAAGGACGAUUUUGUAGAGCUGGGAGUAACCCGUGUGGGUCAUCGCAUGAACAUCGAGCGUGCUCUCCGCCAACUCAGCACCAGCUGACCCGGUCAGGAGCUGCGGUCCCAUCUACCGGGAGGGCAACUCCGCACCGCUGCGGGGGGAGGAAUCCCUUUACAUACACACAAGGACAGUCACUUCUCAGAAUACUUAAAAUACCCAUCUGAAGACACACAUAAACCUGGACACCUAGAGCAAACACACUGUCUUGCACAUAGUGGAAAAGGUUCACACUGUGCUGAACCCUCUAAAAGUGGAACACAGUGCUGUUCACACACACAUACUGUAACUAUAACUUGUGCUAGUAUGAUCACAUUUAGCCUGUCACAUGCAGAUACACUCACUUUAACACAUACUGAUACACAGACGUUGACUCACACCAUGACAGAUGGAAAACACUGUAUACUGUCUGAUAAAUCAGAUGCACAGUGAUGAAAUACACACUGUCAUAUUCAGUAAGCUCUGCACAUACAAACACAAACUCCUCUCCUUGUGCGGUGCAGUGGGGCCCAGUAAUUGAUCCCUCCCUCCCUCUUUCUCAGUGCCAUAGAGGGGAGGUGGGAUCAGUCACAGGGUCCCAAGGCCAGGCCACUGUGUGUUAAUGCCACCUUUUUUUUAUUAUAUAUGGAUAAAGGGAUCGCAGUCAGACAGAGAUAUCAGUCUGCAGGGGAACGGGGUUGAGCUGCACACCUCCCAUAAGAAGAUCUAACUCAAGUCCUGGAAAAAAUCCAUGGAUUGGGCUGGAAGAGGCCGCAGAUUCCAGCCGCCGCCACUGUGGGACGCUUUUUAUGCAUCUUUUUAAUUAGCUAUAUAUUUGAAGAAAAAAAGGACUUAACCUAUAUAUAUCUCAUAUAAAUAUAUAUAUCUAUAUAUAUCUAUAUACAAGACACCCUCUCACUGGACUUUUUAUAUACAGCAGAUCUGGGGGUAUAUAGAGGUAUACGCGGAUCCCGUAAUACCUCAUUUGGGGUUUCAAGUUUUAUUUGAUUAUUUUUUAUUUUAUUUUUAUUGGAGGUUAUGAAUGUUUUUACAAUAAACCCCUCACCAUGCCACCAGCAUUCUUUAGAAUGAAACAUGCAUUUCUUUAUUGGGGUCACAUCUUGCGAGGAAUAGUCAUUAUUUUGGUUUGUUUUAAAGGCUUCUCAUUUUGUUCUAAUGUCAUAUUUAUUUGCACAUGGGUAUUCAUUAAAACUGCGCCAUCCAUUUAACAUGGUGGAAGAUUGUCCUUAA